UUCCGGGCCACCUUGGCUCCACCAGUCUGGUGGGCCUGAGCUGGUGGCCACACUCAGGGCAGACAGCUCGGGCUUUCAAGAAAGCCAGCCUUACCGGAGAUGUGGCCUCCCAGAUCAGGGGGCUCUGACCUCAUUUCCCAGCAAGGAGCCUGAGUUCUAAGGGAGCAAGCAUCCUCUCUACCAUCACUCAUACAGUCUCCCUGCCGCCCUCCCUGCUGGGCCGGGCCUCCCUGCAAGCCUCGUGGCCCCCGCUCGGUGCGGGCCUGCUGCUGCUGCUGCUGCACAGCCCGCCCAGCCUUGGACUGCGCCGGCCUCCAGAAGUGAUAGCUAAUUGGGGAGAGAAAGAGCCCGAUUGUCUGCGGCAGCCGGAAAGGCCCGGAGGAGGCGGCGGCUUCGCCCUGCAGCUGCCACCGCCGGAGAUGUUUGGGGAUUACGUCAGCCUGGCGGGCAGGGGCCGCGGGGACAGCGCGGGAGGCGGGCUCCCGCAGGCCUCCCGCCGCCAGGGCCUCUGGACAAUGCUGCCAUUGUCGGUGCACGGAGUGCUUAGCUCCCCAUGAAUGGUGCACGGGCCUCUUGACCAAGGAGGCCGCCUGUAGCCCCAACUGUCCCCUCACAGGCAGGGAGGCCCUGUGCGGUGGGAAGGACUGUUUGUAGACUGCACGGGUCUGUCCCUCAGAAGGGGCCACUGACAGAAAAAGCAGAACUGAGCACAGGCCCCAGAGAGGUUGCUGCUGCUCCAGCCUGUGUGGUUGCCUCCUGCCUCAGCAUGGCUUCCUGGCUUGGGGACACCCUUGGCCCUGACCCACUAAUGGUGCUCUUGGUUGUCAUCCUCCUGGUGCGCUUCAUCCUGUGGUCCUGUCUGGGGACCUAUAUGGACUACAGGCUGGCCCGGCGUUAUCCUGACAAACCCAAGGAAGAGUAAGCGUGAGGACCAGUGGAGACCAACCCAGGAGGUUUUGUACUGUGACUGUAUCAUCCCUCUGUCCAUUGGGUACCACAGAUGCCUUCAUACAAGACACUUUUGCUCCCCUGCCAUGCCUCUCCAGCGCUGCCACCGUGAGCUCUUUAGCCUGGGUUAACCUCCCUAGGCCUUUACUAGUCAGGCAGGGAUACAAUACUUAGUCCUACCCACUGUGCAGAAACCAGAGCACAGACGAAACAACAGGGUCAGAGAAGCCCCAGAAGCUGCUUAGAUUAGUGAGGAUUGUCCCACUUGGGCUGUCAAAGCAACCCUUAUUACCAGGUGCUCGCCCCAUGGCAGUGUAUGCCCCAGGAAAUGCCUGGCCUUUCCCUAGCGCUAUUUUUUGUUAAUAAGAGCCAGAGUUGUGUGGGAGGCCAUGUCCCACACAUGGCCAUUACUCCCAAGGCCAGUGCUGUCUGGAACCUCUGCUGCCCCAACCAGUCACUGGAUGCAGGCAGAGAGCUGCUUCAGUUUCCCAGAGCAGAUCUUAGUGACACGUCUCGAGAUGGCCUCAUGAGAUAGAAUCGAAGCCUCCUUGGCCCCGAAACAACUCCUUACCCAUCGGGUCCCAGUUUCCCACCCUGGUUUGUCAUAAGAAUGAACCUACGGGAAUGGUGACGCAGCUUUCGCGAGACUGUGCUGGUUUUAAAGCUCAAAGUCCCUCACUCUAGGAAGCCCAGGUGGCCUCGGAGAGGAGUACUUCCAGUUUACACACUUGUGAAUACGUGUUUGCCCAUGUGUGCGAGAGACCCGAGGCUGUGACAAGACAGGAGAUGGGGCAUCUGCCAGCCUUAUGCGACUCCCCAGUUCAGUGGUGGUAUUCAGCGAUCCCCUGUUUUCUCCUUGAGCCAGAUCGCAUAGCAAUGUGUCUGUGCUCAGUGUUCGAGGCUGCAGCGUGGCAAUUCUGCGACUUGGCAAGGACUGGCUCCGGUUUUGCCCUCUUUAGCGCAGGUUUAGGGCUUCAUUGCUGCAGGAAGGCUGCAGCUGCUCCGGGGGACUUUGCGUGACAUCCAUGUACAGAGAGACAGUACGCUAGAGAUGGGGAGCAGUGCCCUCGGGAAGCCUGAGUUUUGCAUCUCAUAAUCCAGAACGAUGUCAUAGUGUCUUGGCCUCCUGAUGGUUGCUGCCGUAAAUACCAUGACGGAAGCAGCAUGAGGACUCAGCUCACAGCUCCAGGUAAGCCCGUCAUGGCUGAGCCGUCACUGGGAGGAGUGCGAGGCAGCCACUCCCAUUAUGCCUGGAGUUGGAAGUGGACGAGCAGCACAUGUCCCUCGUGGCCUCUGCCGCUGGCCUGGGCUGCUCAUUUCAGUGAUGGCUUUUUGGGGACUGGUUUGGGUAUUUGGGUGUCUCUGCCUGGAUACUAGCACCCAUCCCCCAAAAAGGUUCCAGCCAGAAUGUUCCCAGAAGAGACAGAUGUGCCCCUCUGCUCAUGGCUGGUAGUCCUGAUACAGGCAGUAGCCACACAGAGGGCAGUGAAUGGUUGGAAAUGGCAGCCGGUGUGGGGGAUUUUGUUACGGGAAUCUGUGUGUUAGAUGCCUCAUCCCUCAUACGCUCAGCACCUGAAUUUGGAGGCAGGAUCUUUUUUUUUUUUCAGAGGUAUAAAUAUAUAAUGUAAUAUUAUAAAUUUAUCCUAAAAUUGUAUCAAUACACAAAAUGUCUUAAACAGAGGUACAAACAUGCAUGCAUACAAUAUUACAAAAUAACUUUGCAUAGGUGUACAAAUAUUAUAAACAAAAAUAACAAAUAUAAUUUUAACUUGUAUCAAUAUAUAAUAAACUAUACUAGUAUAAAUUGUCCAUAAAUCAUAGCUCACAAGUAUUCACGCUAUUACACACUAUUAUUAUUAGUGUGAAUAAGUUCACAGUAAAUUACCCUAUUAUCCCAUUCAAUCUUCCUUUUUUUUUAAUUUAUUAAAGGUUUCUGUCUCUUCCCCACCGCCGCCUCCCCUUUCCCUCCCCCUCCCCCAAUCAAGUCCCCCUCCCUUGUCAGCCCAAAGAGCAAUCAGGGUUCUCUGCCCUGUGGGAAGUCCAAGGACCACCCACCUCCAUCCAGGUUUAGUAAGGUGAGCAUCCAAACUGCCUAGGCUCCCACAAAGCCAAUACGUGCAGUAGGAUCAAAAACCCAUUGCCAUUGUUCUUGAGUUCUCAGUAGUCCUCAUUGUCCGCUAUGUUCAGUGAGACCGGUUUUAACCCAGGCAUUUUCAGACCCAGGCCAGCUGGCCUUGGUGAGUUCCCGAUAGAACAUCCCCAUGGAGGCAGGAUCUUGAAUGAGAUGAAGAAGGUAAAUGAGAUCACAUGAUCCCUAACCACAGUGACUGGUGCUCUCAGAUAAAGAAGAGAGACAUUAGGACACAGCCUGUGUCAGAUGUGGUCUGCAAACCACAGAGAGAGGCCUUGGGAGAAGCCAGCCCUGUGACACUUCCACCGUGGACUUCUGGCCUCCAGCAGGUGAGGUAAAGCAACCUGCAGCUUAAGCCUCCCACCUGUGGUGCUCUGAGCUGAUUAAUAGAAGAACAAUGGAGUCAUUAACCCAACAAAGAGUCACCUAGUGUGCCCAGCCCAGGGUCUCCUGACUCAGUACAGCACUGACCCACAGCUGCCUUGGGUCUGGGAGUCACGGUCAGUGGGCAGAAGUUCUGGAAGCAGAGAGUAGUCCUUCUAGGGGCAUGUGACUAUGGACCACUAAAAAUGUGGCCAGUGCAAACUUUGAUGCAUGGUUAGUGUGACCGCAAAGGCAACAUAUCCAAAAUGUCUUCGUGUGGGCUUGCA